UUUUAGAAUUAUUUGUUAAACGAAAUAAUAAUAAUCAGUGAGUGAACUAUUAAGAAAUGUCGUUUUUCGAUCACAAAGUUGCCCUUGUAACCGGUGGAGCAAGUGGAAUUGGAUUGUCUAUUAUACAAAAAUUACUACAGAAUGGAAUUAAGGGAGUUACAGGAGUCGAUAUUUCAGAUGAAGAUUUGGAGAAGGCUGAGAAGGUUUGCAAUACAAAUUAUCCCAAUAAAACGUUAUUUAUGAAGGUUGACGUAACUAAACCACAACACCUUGAAGAUGCCUUUGAAAAGACAAUACACAAAUUUAAAAAUCUCGAUGUUGUUGUUAAUAAUGCUGGUAUUAUAGAUGAAGUCCAGUGGGAAAAAACACUUGCUGUUAAUUUGGAAGCUGUCAUUAGAGGUUGUUAUUUAGCAAAGGAUAAAUACUUCCCUAGCUAUAAAUCUGGAGACGAAGGAAUAAUCAUCAACGUUUCUUCUGUUACUGGAUUUAAAGUAGUCGAAAAUAUGCCAGUAUACUGUGCUACAAAACAUGGAGUAAUUGGUUUAGGAAAGGCGCUAGGGGCACAAAACAGUAAAACUAAAGUAAUAACUAUUUGCCCCGGACUGGUAUCGACUUCACUUCAUCAGAAAAUUGUUGCACUAAAACCGACAAUUCCGAAUUGGGCUGAUUCUGUUAGAAGUUUAAAACCCACAUCCCCAGAGUUUUUAGCAGAGUCGGUGAUCAAAUUAAUGCGAGAAGGUAAACACGGUUCUAUAUGGAUGAUUGAGAAUGAGAAUCUACCUUAUGAAGUUAAUUAUUAAUAACAAGUAAAUAGUGAUUCACAAAAACAUUUUAAUAAAUGAGUAUUUUCUAACAAACAAUACUAAAUCAAUAAUGUAAAGGUAAUAUGUACUCAUCAAGUCAUAAAUACUAACAUUAUUAUAUAAAAAUAAUAAUUAAUAAAUAAUAAUAAUUACCUA